CCCUCCACCCCCGCAACGUCGCUUGCGUAUGCAACUCAGUGUCCCCCACGAACGCUUUUCUACUGCACGGCCCGCUCCCUGUUCCUGCAUCAUCACCUCCAUUGUGCAUUUACAACACCAUCACAUUGGAAAAAAAUCGACCAUCACAUUUACAAUGGAAGAAAAAGUGGUUGAGUCGCAGCAGCCACUGCUCCCUCAACAGUCACCAGCCCCCAAGAAGAGCCGUCGCUGGCUGAUUCCAUUCCUUCUCAUCGGAUGCUGGGUCUUGGCAACCUACGGAACUCGCUACGUCCCCCAUCGCGGGCAUGGCCACCGCCCUCACCGCCAUGGCUCGCAUGGCCAUGCUGAUGGCAGCGCUGCAGCCGCACAAUGCCCGCAAGUUGAGCCUCUGCGCCCAACCCUCAAGAGCACGCAGCUUGACGAGAUGGACAACUUCCUUGCCAGCCAGGAGUUCCGUGACAUCACUGUUGAGCGAAUCGCCGGCGCUAUCCGCAUCCCUUCCGAGAGCUACGAUGAUAUGGGCGAAGUCGGAGAGGACAAGCGCUGGGAUGUCAUGUUUGAUAUCGCUGCCUAUCUCGAAAAGACGUUCCCUCACGUCCACUCGACCCUAACCCUCGAAAAGGUCAACACGCAUGGGCUCUUUUACACCUGGAAGGGAUCUGAAGAAUCUCUCAAGCCCAUCAUCUUGAUGGCUCACCAAGACGUCGUCCCGGUCGACCCGGCCACCGUUAGCCAGUGGGAACAUGCUCCCUGGAGCGGCGACUACGAUGGCAAGUACAUCUGGGGCCGUGGCUCUACCGACUGCAAGGACUCACUCAUCGGUAUUCUCGAAGCUGUGGAACAUUUGAUUGAAGCCAACUUCCAGCCCAAGCGUACCAUUAUUCUGUCCUUUGGGUUUGAUGAAGAAAUCUCUGGUGGUCGUGGCGCACGCAGACUCGGUGGAGCUAUUCUCGAGCGCUACGGAAAGGACAGCAUCGAGGCCAUCGUCGAUGAAGGCGCCGGUUUGGCCAAGGUAUGGGGUACUCUCUUUGCACUCCCUGCCGUCGGCGAAAAGGGCUACAUUGAUGUCGAGGUUGUCGUCCGUAUGCCUGGCGGCCACUCGUCCAUCCCCUCGCCCCAUACCAGCAUCGGCGUUGCAUCCGAGUUUAUCUCGCUCAUCGAAGCCAACCCCUACGAGUCGAAGCUGUACCCCGAGAACCCGUUCCUCGGCCUCCUUCAAUGCGGUGCUGCCCACGGCCCCGAGUUCCCCAAGAAGCUUAAGAAGCUUCUCCCCGGCGGCCCCAGAACCUGCAGCAAGAAGGGCAGACUCGAACGCGAGUUGGGCGCGCUGGACCCAGUGGCAAAGUAUUCCUUCACCACCUCCCAGGCUGUCGACGUCAUCAACGGCGGCGUCAAGGCCAACGCUCUCCCCGAGCGCACCACGUUCCUCAUUAACCACCGCGUCAACAUUGGCGAGACACCCGACGAUGUCAUGAAGCAGAUUACCAAGCUGGCCUCCAAGAUUGCCAAGAAGUACAAGCUUACUCUGAAUGCAUUCAAUGAUGCCGAAGAGAUCCCCUCAUCCAUCACCAUCUCGCACCGACCUGAUAUCUUGUAUCCUGCGCCUGUGACGCCCACUUCUGUUGAAGGAACGACCCCGUACGGUAUCCUCGCUGGUACCACCCGCGCCUUGUAUGGCGAUGUUGUCAUGUCACCUGGCCUCAUGACCGGCAACACCGACACCAAGUACUACUGGAACUUGACCAAGCACAUCUUCCGCUUUGGCCCUGGCUUUGAUGUCAAUGAUCAUGAUCUCACGUUUAAUGCACACACUGUCAAUGAGAGGCUGAGUGUCGUUGCCCAUAUCAAGCUUGUGCAGUGGUACAGCUUGUUUAUGCGCAACAUGGACGAGGCCCAGCUGUAGUCGUAAAAUAGGUGAAUAGUCACGUUGCAAUAAAUAAAGAAAUAUUCAAGUUCUAUA